CCCUUGCGGCGGCGGCGGCGGCAACGACAGAAAGAUAGGCAUGGUGGGCGAGGUGACACGCAUUGUCCAGGUCGCCGUCCGCCACUGCGCGUUGCUCCUGCGCCACGGCCUGGCCACCGUCACCAUCAAUGACAAUCCAAAGAUAGGAUUCGACCUUAUGCUACCUCCGACACCGAUUCGAUCUGCUGUCUUGCUAGCUAUGUUGAUUGAUGAUUACAUGUUUCUUGUGUGAGAUGAGAUGCAGGCCGGAGAGGUCGUCAGGAUGGGCCCUUGCGGCGGCGGCGGCAGCAACGACAGAAAGGUAGGCAUGGUGGGCGAGGUGACACGCAUUGUCUAGGUCGCCGUCCGCCACUGCCGCGCCGUUGACGCCGUUCGCGUAACGUACAUGCGGAAAGACCGGGAGGAAUCGAGCGAGACCGAGCUUUGGGGAGGGAAAGGCGGCAUGACCACGGUGUUCCGUCUGCAGCGGGACGAAUACCUGACGAGCGUGGAAGGCCACUACAGCCACUUCAAUGGCAACGUCGUCAUCAGGUCGCUCAAGUUCGUCAGCAACCUUCGCACCCACGGGCCCUACGGGAACGCGUGCGGCGUGCGGUUCUCGCUCCCAGCGGGCGCCGGCGGCAGGAUCGUCGGCUUCCAUGCGCGGUGUGACGACCAGUACCUCCACGCCAUUGGCACCUACGUCAAGAUGGACGACCGUGCAUCGUGAUCGACCCCAAAUUCGUUUGUAUCGUGUAGCGACUGUUUUUGCAUUCAUUCAUCUAGCUAUUUCAUUUCACUUGCUGCUUCUCAAGUCUCAACAACGUCGAUGAUCGAUGCUCUAGCCCCAGGACUGUUUA